AAUUGUAAUUAAGCUGUUACGCCACAUGUCUGUUUCCAAUACAAAUUUUGUUUCUUUCUUAUUUUAAUAAGAAAUUCAUAAAGCACAACAAUAAGCAGCGUAUGAGUGACGGGAUUAUGUAAAUUAUAAGAAAAUAACAAAAAAUAUAAUCAUUAAAAUUCUAAGGGAAAUCUUCAACAAAAUUCCAAACAAAUAUAAAGAAUUUAUUUGUGCUUGUAUAAUUACUGUUUUGCUAAUAACGCACAAUAACAACAAUAACAAAGGCAUGGAAAUGAGUGCUGCUAUGUUUGCCCGUGUUUCCUUCUAUCCCACACUCCUUUAUAAUGUCUUAAUGGAGAAGGCUACCUCACGCAAUUGGUAUGAUCGUAUCGAUGAGAAUGUUAUAUUAGGUGCUUUACCUUUCCGUUCACAGGCCAAUGAUCUUAUUAAAAAUGAGAAUAUGAAAGCUGUUGUCUCUAUGAACGAAGACUAUGAACUGACAAUGUUUUCCAACAAUGCUCCCAAAUGGCAAUUGUUGGGAGUAGAAUUUCUUCAGUUGGCCACCACAGACAUUUUCGAAUCACCUUGCCAGGAUAAACUCUAUAAGGGAGUGGAAUUUAUGAAUAAAUUUCUUCCUGUAACUAAUCGUAUUAAGGGUUUGACUACCACAUCAAGCCCGGAAAAUGUUGGCACUGUUUACGUUCACUGUAAGGCUGGACGUACUCGCAGUGCAACGCUGGUCGGUUGUUAUUUAAUGAUGAAAAAUGGUUGGACUCCUGAACAAGCUGUUAAUCACAUGCGUAGCUGUAGACCUCAUAUCUUACUGCACACCAAACAAUGGGAUGCCCUCAGAUUAUUCCAUCAAAAUCACUUACAAAAGUCGUGACCUAAAAACAACAAUUAACAGGAAAUAUAAUUCUUAAAUAUGCGUCAAUGUGUUUUGGGCGAUUGAAUGUGUUUUUCUUAUGCAAAAAGUUGUGAAUGUGUGUUGUAAUUUUUUGUUGAUUUUGUUAAAUAUUUUGAACGUUAUCUAAAUAACCAAAUGCAUAUUUACGAAUAUGCUGAUUAUAUAUAAGUACAUAUUUUCUUUAUUCAAACAAAAUAAUAAAAAGUAUUUUUAGACUAUUUUCUGAAAAACAAACGUAAAA